AAAAAGAAACCAGGGUUAAUGUCUUGCAGCAUGUUCAAGCUGGCUAAAGGUGUCAAAGGGGGCUCCGAGACUCAAAUGUUUGGGUUCAGGGGUGUUGAUUUAGGUUGGGCAUGUUCUCAGAGCACUGCUGAACCUCCUGCCACCAGCAGAAGGCUCUUCCCUACAGUAACAGAAACACAAGCCCUUAAUUCCUGCUGGAAAACUCCACUAGAAUUAGUUAUGUGGUCAGUUAAGUCCUGCUUGACAAACACAGGGCAAGUUCCGUGCACUGAGUGAGAGAUUAAUGGUUUUCCCCUUCUACCUGUGCUUCUAAAUCCACACUAUUUAGUCAUGAUUUAAUCCAGGGACAUCAGAGAGGGUGUUCUACUUCUGCAGAGGAGGAAGAGGCUCAGCACAGCAUGUUUAGAUGCUCGCUUAUGAGUCUGGUGAUAGUAAACCUCGAGUAAACCUCUAGCCCUGUGACUAAAAGGGAUCCGGACACAGAUCCCACUCCCAGCACAGGCUUAGGAUAUCUUUAGGCGGGUUGGAAGAGCUGCAGGAGCCCCUGGUGGCGCUGGGAAGGGCGGGAGCAGAUGGCGGGGCGGGAUGAGUGGCAGCCGUCAGCGCGCUGUCUGCAGCGGGAUGCAGGUGUGAAAGUGAGAAGGCUCCGUGACGGGCUGGCCGGGAACGUGCUGCGCUGACGGAGCAGAUCCCAUCGGCUGGGGGAAGAGGAGUGAUUAAAGACUCCAAAAAAAGAGACUGGAGUGAGAUGAAGGCUGCCCGAGCUGAGCCCCCGUGGCCCUGCCCGUGCUCUGCUGGGAACACGACCCCGAGGAUCCACCGGCAACAAACUGAUGCUCCAGGGCAGUGGCUAUGGCCGAGGAGAGCACGGCUGCUGACCACGAGGGGCUCCUGAGGAGGGUGCAGGAGCUGGAAGCGGAGGUGAAGCGGCUGCAGGAGAAGCUCCAGGAUGACAAGGAGGGCACUGGGAGGAGAGAGGCUGCUCUGGCCCCCGGGAAAGCCAAAAAACGCCAACAAAGGCCGUUCGAUUUCAGCGCGCACGGCCGCAGACACGUGGCACUGCGCAUCGCCUACCUGGGCUGGGGCUACCAGGGCUUUGCCAGCCAGGAGAACACCCCCAACACCAUCGAGGAGAAGCUCUUUGAAGCCUUGAAGAAGACACGGCUGGUGGACAGCAGAGAGACCUCCAACUACCACCGCUGCGGGCGCACGGACAAGGGAGUCAGUGCCUUUGGGCAGGUGAUUUCCCUGGAUCUCCGCUCCAGCCUGCCACCGGAGGGGCAGCAGCAGAACGGGCACGCGGGUGAGGGGCAGCGGGAGGAGCUCCGCUACACCCACAUCCUGAACAGGGUGCUGCCCCCCGACAUCCGGGUGCUGGCCUGGGCCCCCGUGGCGCCGGAGUUCAGUGCCCGCUUCAGCUGCCAGCGCCGCACCUACCGGUACUUCUUCCCCUGCGCCCAGCUGGACGUGGCCCUCAUGGACAGCGCGGCCCAGCGCUACGUGGGCACCCACGACUUCCGCAACCUCUGCAAGAUGGACGUGGCCAACGGGGUGCUCAACUUCCAGAGGACGAUCCUCAGCGCCCGCGUGACGUGGGUGGAGAGAGGGGGAGAAUCCGGGCCGCGGGAUCCCUUCCGGCUGUGCCAGUUCGAGGUGACGGGGCAGGCGUUCCUGUACCACCAGGUCCGCUGCAUGAUGGCCGUGCUCUUCCUCAUCGGCCAGGGCAUGGAGAGCCCGGACAUCAUCGACGAACUGCUGGAUGUGGAGAAAAACCCUCGGAAACCGCAGUACAGCAUGGCAGUCGAGUUCCCCCUGGUCCUGUAUGACUGCGAGUUCCCAGACCUGCAGUGGCUCUACGACCCAGAGGUGCAAGGCUUCAACGUGACACACCUGCAGCAGCUCUGGGCCAGCCACGCCGUCAAAACCCACGUGCUUCGGGACAUGUUGGCAGGGCUGGAAGCUGUUCCCAUGGCCACUGGCAAAGGUCCGGGGAGCAGCCUGGUCAGCAGCUUCGUGGAGGGGGUCCAAGCCCGCACCUACAAGCCCUUGCUGGCCCGGCCCCGGUGCGAGGGGCUGGAGGCUCGGAUCGAGCACUUUGUGCGGAGGGGCCGCAUCGACCCCCCCCGGGGGCCGGGGGUGCCCGGGGACCAGGAGCCCCCCGAGGGCAAGCGGGGCAGCAGCGCAGCCCCCGAGCAGCCGCCCAAGAGGGUCUGCGUGGACACCGAGUGACGGGGCGCCUCGGCACUUCUUUUUAUUACUGUUAUUGGGAAAAAAAGCGCGUUUCUUCGGUGCUGUUUUUUUAUAAAUCUCAAGAAAUCUCUUGUA